AUGAAUUCUCCUGCCACGAUCAAUUGGUUCGACGAUAUUAAUCGUCUCCUCAACGAAAAAUCUGACGUUCGUUCGAGGGAUUGGGCAUUUAUGGACAGUCCUUAUCCGCUGAUAACGAUAUGCGUUUGUUAUUUGUAUUUCGUUUGCAAAGCAGGACCGCAAUACAUGAAAAAUAAAAAACCAUACAAUUUAAAUAAAAUAAUAACGGUUUACAACGCGUUUCAAAUAUUUGCAUGUUUGGCCAUAAUAUACGGAAUGCUUUCGUCAUUUUCUCUCACACGUUUCGGAUGCGAAUCCAUCAAUCAUUCUGAUAAGGAAAAUUCUUAUAGAGUCGCAAGGUGGACGUGGUGGGCAACAUUAUUAAAAUUAACUGAAUUUUUAGAAACGAUAUUUUUCGUAUUGAGAAAAAAACAAAAUCAAGUUUCUGGUCUACAUUUAUACCAUCAUGUAUCAACUUUAUCAUUGGGAUGGAUAACUACUAAAUUUGCACCAGGGGAGCCAACAGUGAUUCCAGUCGUACUCAAUUGCAUAAUACAUGUUUUAAUGUAUAGUUAUUAUUUGAUUGCACUUUACGGUGGAAAAGAAUUACAGAAGAAAAUUAUUUUCUGGAAAAGAAGUUUAACCAUAUUACAAAUGGUACAAUUCACGAUAAUAAUAGCACACAUAGGAAGUAGUUUAAGGAGUCAAUGCACAGCACCCAAACCACUCCUUAUUCUAAUGCUUGUUAACAUAUUAAUUAACUACAUAAUGUUUUAUAAAUUUUAUAAAAACACCUACAAGAAAAAUAAAAAAUUAAUCGAGUGA